UCUCAAAUAUAUAGAGUUGAAGUUGAGAUUCCUUAUGAAACCCCUGAAAUCGAACAAAGGUUCGUCACCGGCAGUGAGUGGAAAGUCGAGCUAGCGAGUGGGAGGUCCGUUCGAUUGAGCGAAUGGAGUGGGAUGUCCGCCGAUGGAUUACAUGCAUCAAUCGAUUUGGAGCAACUUCAUAAGAACAAGAAAAAGCACGAAAGAUUGUAGAUGAGAUAGAGUUGCGAUUCCUUACCCGACUUUGAAAUCGAAGGAACAAUGAAGGUUCGUCACCGGCUAGCAAAUGGGAAGUCGGACCAGCGAGUAAGAGAUCCGACAGAUCUAAGUGGGAGGUACGGCGACGGAUUGAGUUGCUUCUGAUGAAUUUUAUUCUUUAGGUAGACUGAAAUUGGGGAGUGGAGGCUUUGGAAAAUGAUUCUACCAAUUAUUUUGGGUUGUAUGAGGGAGAUCAGAAGAGUGUCGGUGGAGGAGGAGAACCGAAGACUCGCUGGAGAAUCGAGGAAUCAUUGCGGGAGCGGGAGGGGUGGGCAGAGAUGUCUCACUUCCACUCGGGCUAAUUAUCACGUCACUUGUAAGAUAUAAAUUGACACGUCACUUAAGAUAUAAAAUGAGUUGGAAAUUGUAAGAUAUAAAUUUUAUUAUUUUAUUAUUUUUUAAUUGACACGUCACUUAUUUAACGGUCAACUAUGAGUGUUGACUGCCACAUCAUACAAAGUUAACGGAGUUGGACGGAGAGUGACCAAACUUGAACAAUUGAAUUAAUUUCAAUGACCAUGAAUUUAAUUAAAUAUUUGUAGUCUACACAUAAAUAUAAGGGAAUGUCAUGGUAAAUGAAUUGCCACGUCAGCCCGUGCUCAACAGCCCGCGAAAAAUGGAAGGGUUUUUUCGUCAUUCAGUCGACCUUUCGUAUUCCUUCUCCUCCUCGGUGCUUCUCUUCCAAUUUCCCGAACGAGAUCUCCGUCCCUUCCCCUAUUGUCGACGGCAUGCCAUUGCACGCCGCCUCUGACUCUUCCAAUUUCCCGACGAGGUCUCUGUCCCUUCCCUUGUCGUUGACGGCGCCCCAUUACUCACCGCCGCUAACCUCAAAAUCCAACCUGCAUCUCUCCAAAAAUCACAACUGCUCCCCGGAAUCUCCCGACGUUGCCUCUUGACUGUCCCUUUCUCUGCCUUCGCUUCUUUCUUCCUUCCUUCAAUCCUUUUUUUUUUUGUAGAAUUCCUUCAAGAAGUUGAUUAGUACUCCACCGGGCAGGAAGUUCCAUUGUCGUCCUGUCCCUCCGCCGCCGCUUGCCCUCCACCGCUUCCUUCCUCCAAUUCAACUCAACAUGUAGAGUUGUUAGCGAGCUUAAUAGCUUCUCUUCUCAACUCUCACACUUUCAAAAGAUCAAUACAAAACUGAGGUCAGUUAAGUUUCAAUGCCAGUAUACGAUUUUAUACACUCACAUCUUAUGGUAAGGGUAAUAUAAGUUAUUUAGAUUAUUGAGAACGGGAAUACAAGACAAAUAGCCUAUACUAUAAGUAGAAAGAGGGAAAAUCAUUUACUGCAGCACUAUUACGCUAGAUCAUUAAAAAUAAAAAUGAAAAGAAAUUGGACCAAGGAGCAAGGGUCAUUGAUGGGCAAGGGACGAGCUGCACAAGGGAAACUGCAGCCCCACAAACCUGAAGCACUGAAGCAUAGAUCCAGACCAUUCCUAUGAUUGUUUGAUGAAUUUUCUUGCUGAUUGUUUAAUGGGUCCUUUGUGCUAGAAUUUUGUAAUAGUUGGUUCUUAUUAGAGCCUUGCGGAUACAGUCAUGGUUGAGAUAGUUUUCCCAAUUUGAUUAUAGAAUUGAUGAUCCAUAUUAGUUAUAAAAGUUCAUGCUGCAAAUUUAUGUAAUUUCUGUGAUGGGUUGGGUGAACAAUAAUGCAUAAAAUCUGAUUUCUACUUUAUUUACUUAAAAAAUAGUUCCUCAUCCUGUUUCUUAAAACCUUUGUCUACCUUAAGCUGUGCUCUUCUAUUUCUUCCUAUCAGACCCAUGAUCAAUAUGUGAGCCUAACUGUUGUGCUAUCUUUAGAAAUACUGCAUCUAGAAUUUUGUAAUAGUUGGUUGAUUGCAUCAGUAGUUCAUUUUCAACAGCAUGAAAUUGAACUUCCCGUCAAUGUGAUGUUGCAAUCUGUGAGUUAUUACUUUCUUCAGGGUAAUCAAGUUAGGCCUCUACUUUUAAUCCAUGAUUUUAUGAAUUAUUUUCUCAUGUUACUUUGAUACUUUUGUCAGCAGCUUAUUCUCUGUCAAUACAAUGGUUUCAACAUGGGAACUUCUUUUGUUACAUAUUUGAACUCUUCUUUACAGAGUCUAAUCCUUUUGAUGGAAGGUGAACUUGCAAGGUUACUUGAAGCUGAAAGAACAGAUACGAGGUUCAACAACAGUUCUGAAUGUCAGAAGGUGUCAAACCACUAGCAAAGGUAAACUAAGAAAAGAUCCAAUGCUAUAGUAGCUAGAGAAGUUGUGUUGAUAUUGAGAAUUCUUGAACUGCUGCCAGCUUGCACUUAUUACGUGUUUAGUUUGGCGUAGGACUCAUUUUCCAAUUAUUUUUUCUCAAAUUACAAAGUCUUGAUCUUCUAACCUGCCGAGAUUAACCAAUUUAUCGUGGUAUACAGAUUUGCAACUGCUUAGUCUGAUGGAAUUCGUUCCUGCAUGACUAAAUGAACAAGAAGUGGUAUUUGCAGACUAUGGGAUUUUUGUGAAUGGUUAGGUUCGUAUGAAUUUUUUACUUUUAUAUUGUACGUAUUGGUCUUUAUCAUUUCAUUCUUGAUAGAUUUAAAACUCAGGAUAAACUCCUGGUGUGGGAUUAGGAUGUUACUACUUUAUGUGCAUUGUUCUUGGUAGCAUGGAAAGCGGGUUUCAUUUAUUUGUGGAAUGUAAUUAUGUUUUAUUGGGUUUUGAAAAUGUGCCUGCAGCAGGAAGCUCCCCCAAUUGGAUUGGCUCACUGGGAAUUAGUGCUGAAUUGGUGUACUAUGCGUUCGAUAGGAAAAGAAGUGCCACCAAGGGUGGGCAACUUAUUGUUCCCGGUAAUCAUUUCCUCUGUGCGAAGAGAGAGGUGUGCUACAUAUUGUUGGCAGUUUUGUAGUGUAGAUUCCAGUUCAUACCAGAAGAUAGAUGAGGCAAUUUGACAGGCUCAGAAUGGAUAAGGAUCAAGAUUUUCAUGGUGCCAUACAUAAAUCUUCUUUGUAGUGCUUGAUGUAGCUGGGAUGUCCUACUUAGUAUGUACUCUUAGUUUGUCUGUUUCUUUUCUGAGUUCAGACUGGUAGGGGGUUUUUUUCUCUCCCCUGGUGGUUUGUAAGAACAAGUAUGUAGGAUCUUCCAGUUGGUGUGGUGGCAGGGCUUCACGCUAAUAAAAUUUAUUUAUCUGU